GAACCAGAACACAGCGAUUUGGACUGUGAAUCUUCCCCAGCGUAGUCCAGCUACAUUUGUACCUCCUCGUCCAGCCUACCUUCUUCCCAAUAUCCUUCGUUCUGAGAGCGCGACACACUGAUCAGUUCCGCCUAUGGUUAUAUUGCGCCAUAUUUGUCACUGGCGCUGCUUUAAUAUAGGGUAAGUUCACGUCCGCCAUGUUGGCUUCAGAACGAGGCUGGCACCACUUCCUUUUAAAAAAAAAAAAAAAAUCAUUAAACGCACUUUUUCCCCCAAUUAGUAUUCUCUUUUCACAGUUAUCUAUUCAUUUUCCUUUAAUACCGCCCGAGUUAGGCGAUAGAUGGAAUAGGGUAUAUAAAGCGAAGAAUAAAGUACCGAUUCAUGGAGACGAUUUGUGCAGCAGCUGCUGAGGAGGGAGACAGAGACAGAAGUGCGAGGGACUCGACUCUUGGUCUAUUCAGCGAUGAAAUGUCAGCUAGUGUGCAACACGCACAGGGCACAGAUAACUCCAGCCUUGUUACCCUUGACUUUGGCCCAGAAGAAGAAAUCAGAGCAGAGAGGCCGGCCUCAAAAGGAAGGCUGAGUAGGACACUGAAGAAGAAGCCUGGAAGGAAUGAAAAGAAAAGAGGCCAGCAAUAUUCUCCAAGGAAGAGGGAUGAAGGAGCAGAGGCCCAGUCAAGCAUUGGACAUCUUGUUUUGGCUGCUGAGUUAAUGGAGAAAGCAAGUGAAUGUCAGGAUCUAGGUGAUAUAAAUCAAAGUAUCCUGCACGACCAUGGCGAAUACUGUGUCCCCAAUGACCCUGAACUCUUGAUGGAGAUGGUGAGGGAGCUGAAGAGGACAACCCACCAGCAGAGCCAGCUCUUGCUCUCAACUCAGGAAAAACUGGAUUGUAAGGAAAAGCACUGUCAGGAACUUCAGGAGAAGUGGGACAAUGAGAGGUGGAUGUUGCUGACAGACAUGGGGCAGCAAAUCACUCAACUUGAAUCAGACGUUAGGAAUUUACACUGUGAGAAGGAGAUUCUGGAAAAGAAGAACAACGAGCUGCAAGAGCAGUUAGCCAGAAGCUCCAGAACAGUCCUGUACUUGAGUCAGCAGGUAAAGAGUAAGGAGACGGACAGGAAUGAGACCUCUUUCUGUUUGAAAAGCAUUAAAAAUGAAAGCAAAUGGGUGCGCUUCUAUACCGGCUUUGAUGGAUACGAACAGCUGAGCAACUUCCUUGCUUUUCUCACCGCCGACCCAGACCUUUGUACUGGUAAGAUACGCAGGAGAACAGAGGUUGGACCUCAGAAUGCCCUCGGCUUAGAAGAUCAGCUCUUUCUUGUCCUGACAAGGCUUCGCCUAGGCUUAUUGCUCCAGGAUCUGGCUUUUCGAUUCAGAGUGUCAGAGUCCACGGUUUCUCGCUACUGGUUGAACUGGACGGAGCUCCUGCAUGCACGGCUUACUCAGGUCCCAGUCUUAUACAGUACCAGGUACUUGGAUCUGUUUGAGCCCAAAAGACUUGAGCAGUAUGAAGGCCUUACAUGCACAGUUAUGGACUGCACUGAUCUCUUCUUUGAAGUUCAAGCAAAGGACCGCUCUAAACCAGCUUCUAAUCACCCCCGUAGGAAUCAUUACCUAAGACGGGGUUACGCCAUUGCCUCAUCGAAUGGCUUUAUGACUUUUUCAUCUAGUUUACCUUUUGGCAUAGCUACAAAAAUAAUGGACAGUCAGCCCCAAGAGGAGAUACGUGGUGGAAUAACGUCACCGUUGCAGUUUCCACCUUUCAUGCAGAAUGACCCCGUGCAGCUAACACAGGAGCAACAUGGAAUGAGCAGACAGGUACUCAGCCUUCUGAGUCUUACUGAUAAAGCUCUAAACUUUCGCUUUCUAAAGGGAGUAUACCCACCGAAUAUGGAAGCUCAGGUGGACAGAGCCUGGAUCAUCUGCUGCUACCUAGCUUGCCUUCUACAUGAGCCAAUGGGGUUAUCAUAACCAACCUAUCACCUUGCAGAAUUUUUUUUUCAACACUCCUGCUUUAAGGACAUACAGUGAAUACAUAAAUAUGUAUAAUAGGAUGAAUACAUGACAGGUACCAGUGAAAACAGGAAUUUACUUAAUGCUUUUGUUCCAUACAUUUACUUAUAGCCAAGGGUAUGUAAAGUUAUUUUCAAAAAAACUGCAGCUAAAAAAACCAGAUGGCUAAAACAGCCAUAAUAAAGGAAACGCAGGUGACAUCACUUAGGGGCACAUUUAUCAAGGGUCGAAUUUCAAAUGAGUUUUUAGAUUCAAUCUUAUUUUUAGAUUCGAUCUUAUUUGAAAUUCAAUUGGGGGGUAAAUUUAUUAAAAAUAUUGAAUAUGUAAAACUCGGACGAAUUUUACUGACCAGAAUACUCUAAUCUAAUUCAAUUAGAAUUAGACCAAACUAGAUCAGUUUUUUUCUCCAAAAAAAACUUGUUUGUAGCCUUCCUGACAUUCAUCUCCAAAUUGGUCACUGGACCUCUCCACAUGAAUUUGGCAGAUUUUAGGCAGCAAUUAUUUGAAUUCUUAAAGG